AUUCCUUUACCGCUGAACAAUCUAAAUUCAUUCAAUUAUGAUGUAGAAUUAAAUUCGGAAUCGGAUAAUUGUCUCGAUGAAUUAUCUGAAAAUAUAAACGACGACUGCCAUGAUAACGAAUGUGUUCUAUUUCCUAAUUUUCCUAAAGAGAAAACAUUUACUCAAUAUGAAAAUGAUGAAAAUUUAUUAGAUAUAAUUUAUGAAAAUUUUCCUAGUAAUUUUAAAUUUUAUUCUCAAGAUGAUUUUUGUGAUUUUAGCGAUGCAUUAAAACAUGCUCACAUAUUAACUCAAAAUAAAAAUUUAAAAAUGUAUGAAAAAAAGAAAAAUGGAUUUUUCCAACAGGGUAAUAAACUUACCCUAAUAUUUAAUCAACGAAUACCGUAUAUUAAAUUUGAAAAUAUUGACACAUCUGAGGAAAAUUCAUCUUUUCAUUUGAAACCGAAAAAAAAUGGUUUCACUUCACUCAUUGAUGAACCACACACUAAAAAAAAUCAUUUAAUUACAACAAAAAGUUUCGAGUGUAUUUUUUUACAAGAAUCUAAAAACAAUGGAAUAUUUUUAGGUGAUUUAUUCAAACCGUUUUUACAAAAUUCUUGGUUUGGUAGAUUACCACAAGUUUAA